AACGGACCAACCAACAGCUGAUUGCAAUCACAUUGUCCAAUUUACAUUAUUAUUGCUUUCAUGCUCCAACGUUUGUGGACAAAGGCGGCAUCCAACUCGUGGUGGAUCAAUAAAAUGCGAACACGUCAAAGAUUGGAAUAUAGCAAUAAACUAAUAUUGGCACCCAUGGUGCGGGUUGGGACGCUGCCCAUGCGCCUACUUGCCCUGGAAAUGGGAGCGGAUAUUGUCUACACUGAGGAGUUGAUUGAUCUAAAGUUAAUCAAGAGCAUACGCCGACCGAAUCAUGCAUUGGGAACUGUGGACUUUGUGGAUCCAUCGGACGGGACAGUCGUGUUUCGCACUUGUGCCCAGGAGACAUCUCAGUUGGUCUUGCAGAUGGGUACCAGUGAUGCGGAACGGGCCUUAGCUGUUGGCAAGCUGCUGCAGCGGGAUAUAUCCGGCUUGGACAUCAAUAUGGGAUGUCCAAAGGAAUUUUCCAUCAAAGGUGGCAUGGGUGCCGCUCUAUUGGCCGAACCCGACAAGGCAGCCCAAAUAUUGUCCACCUUAUGCUCAAAUCUGGAGAUACCAGUCACCUGCAAAAUACGCAUUCUGCCGGAUGUGGCUGACACAAUCGCCCUGGUGCAAAAACUGGCUGCCACUGGCAUUGCAGCGAUUGGCAUUCAUGCCCGCACACGCGAUGAGCGACCGCAACAUCAGCCGCAUCCUGACGUCUUGCGAGAGGUGGCCCAAUCCGUUACCAUUCCUGUCAUAGCCAAUGGCGGCUCCCGUCAUAUGCAUUGUUAUGACGAUUUGCUCAAAUUCCAGUUGGAAUGUGGCGCUGCAAGCGUAAUGGUGGCACGUGCUGCCCAGCUCAAUGUUAGUAUAUUUCGUCGCGAUGGUCUGCUACCCAUGGAUGAGAUAAUCACGAAAUAUCUGCGACUCUGUGUGGACUAUGACAAUGCGCCUCACAACGCCAAAUAUUGUGUGCAGAGCAUACUACGUGAGCUUCAAGAGACGCCGCGUGGCAAACUAUUCCUUCAAUGUCAGACUCUACAGCAAAUCUGUGAGAUUUGGCAGCUAGGCGAUUAUUGCCGCCGUCGUCAACUGGAACUCAAGGAGCAGGGCAAUGUGGGACGUGCUGAGGUCCAGCCUGCCAAAAGGCAAAAGUUGCAACAAGAACUAGAAGAGGAGGACGAAAAGGAUCGUCUUGCUGGUCUCAUUUGUCGCCAUGUGGCCUUUCUGCGUUCUACAUAUCAGAGUGACACGGAAUUACCAAAAACCCGCCUUUAUGUUCACGCCGGUCGUUUGUCUAAAUCCCCACCAGCCUAUGAGACGAAACAAUGUGAUAAACUCUUUCGAGCCGUUUGCCUAUUUGAUGGUCAACGUUUCAGCAGCACCUUCUGGGAGAAGAACAAAAAACAAGCAGAACAGGGCGCAGCUCUGGUUGCCCUACUUCACAUGGGCCAGAUGGAUGAAGAAAUGUUACGCCAUAAUGGCAGCCUUAUUCGUUAAGAAAUACAGUCUUAAGUAUUAGCUAGACGAAUUUUACUUGUAACAUAAUGAAGAAGAAUGAUAAGGAGAAGACCUUUAUAUAAAAGAUUCCUAGACAUCA